AUGUCUGAACCAGCUCAAAAGAAACAAAAGGUCGUCGCCAACAACUCUUUAGAACAGCUAAAGGCCUCCGGUACCGUGGUCGUCGCCGACACUGGUGACUUCGGCUCCAUUGCCAAGUUCCAACCUCAAGACUCCACCACUAAUCCAUCUUUGAUCUUGGCUGCUGCCAAGCAACCAACAUACGCCAAGUUGAUCGAUGUCGCUGUGGAAUACGGUAAAAAGCAUGGCAAGACCACCGCCGAACAGGUGGAAAGCGCCGUAGAUAGAUUGUUGGUGGAAUUUGGUAAGGAAAUCUUGAAGAUUGUCCCAGGCAGAGUCUCCACCGAGGUUGAUGCUAGAUUGUCUUUCGACACACAAGCCACUAUUGAAAAGGCUAGACAUAUCAUUAAACUAUUCGAGCAAGAAGGCGUCUCCAGAGAGAGAGUUCUUAUCAAGAUCGCCUCCACUUGGGAAGGUAUCCAAGCUGCCAAGGUGUUGGAAGAGGAGGACGGUAUCCACUGUAACUUGACUCUAUUAUUCUCCUUCGUUCAGGCCGUCGCCUGUGCUGAAGCUCAAGUCACUUUGAUCUCUCCAUUCGUCGGUAGAAUUCUAGACUGGUACAAGGCCAGCACUGGUAAAGAUUAUGCCGGUGAAGCCGACCCCGGUGUUAUUUCUGUCAAGAGCAUUUACAACUACUAUAAGAAGUACGGUUACAAAACCAUCGUUAUGGGCGCUUCUUUCAGAAGCACUGACGAAAUUAAAAAUUUAGCUGGGGUCGACUAUCUAACGAUUUCCCCAGGUUUGUUAGACAAAUUGAUGAACAGUACCGAACCUUUCCCAAGAGUUUUGGAUCCUGCCUCCGCCAAAAAAGAGGCCGGUGACAAGAUUUCUUACAUUAGCGAUGAAUCCAAGUUCAGAUUCGAUUUCAAUGAAGACGCCAUGGCCACUGAAAAAUUGUCUGACGGUAUCAGAAAGUUCUCUGCUGAUAUUGUUACUUUGUUCGAUUUGAUUGAAAAGAAAGUUACUGCUUGA